AUGGUUACAAUCCUGCAAGGCCAGCUGGCGGACCAAGUGACCAAGGCAGCAGACGAUCCGACCCACUGCGAGUUCGCCUCCGACUUGGAGAAAAUAUACAGAAUAUUACGCAAAUUCCACUCCCGGGUCCCCAAACUAGAGCUCGUUCUACAUCAAUCCGGCCUCGUUUUGCACUCCGACUUAACCGAGCAAGUGCUGUCUCGGUGCUCGCUCUAUAUUGUGGGGUAUAACAAUUUGCUUGGUGAGUAUGCUCAGGCUGAGAAGAUGGUUGAUGCGUAUGAGCUGUUGAAGGAGCUGAGGAGGAAGGGUUGUGAGUCCAAUGCGGGUUCGUAUACGACUAUGAUUCAGGUACUUUGCGGGCAGGAGAAGAUGGAGGAGGCGAUGAGGGUGUUUGUGGAGAUGGAGAAGAGUGGUUGUGAGGUUGAUGUUGUGACUUAUACUACUUUGAUUAGUGGAUUUUGUAAGUGGGGGAAGAUUGUGAGGAGUUAUGAGAUUUUGGAGAGUAUAAUAAGGAAAGGGUUUACGCCGAGUCAGAUGACUUACUUGCAGAUUAUGUUGGCUCAUGAGAAGAAGGAAGACUUUGAGGAGUGUAUAAUUGAUGGGGCAGAUGAGGAAGAUUGGUUGCAUGCCUGA